AUGUUUGAUCCGGUAGGAUGGCCAAUGGUGGUGGCAGCUGGCAAAGUUCUUGCGGGCUGUGAUUGCGGAAAAAAGAAUCCUACCGGUGGCACCUGUCCACGUGUUGAAGAGGGAGCUGUAACUAUAGCGGAGAAAGGCCCGGUACCUGGAAAGAGCGAGCUGCCGGUAUUCACAAGAUUAAUGGAAGUGGAAGGAGAGGAUGGCUUUACAGCAAGGCUUGCAACAGUUGAAUGGGAUGAAAGUGGCGAUGUUAUUGUCGUUGGUAAAAAAGAUGAACUGUUAGGGGAUUGA